AUGAAUAAGAAAAAAUGGGACCAAAUAAUACGUUCAGUUUUAAAAGGUUUUCGGAUUAGAGGGGUUCGGAUUAGGGAGGUUCCACUGGUUAAGGAACAGCAACAUCGACUUGUCUGUGAUGUUUUGUUGGAUCAAUCCAUUUUACCAGGGGUGGGAAACAUUAUCAAAAAUGAGGCACUUUUUGAUAGUGGAAUAAAGCCCAGUUCAAAGGUUUCGGAGCUUGAUAAUGAGCAUGUGUCCCACCUUAUCAAGAUGACUCGUGAUUUUACCAAUAUUUUCUACCAGUGUCGGAGAGAUGGCAAACCCUUGCAUGUACAUUACAAAAUCUACAGUAAGAGAAAAUGUAAACAAAAAUUGCCGAUGAAGGGCAGUCUUCUUGGAUGGGUUAAAACUGGGAAUGAUGACUCAACAAUGACAACAGAACAAACAGAAUGGUCAUGUGACAUCUGUACUUUUAUUAAUAAAGCUUCGUCUACAACGUGUAACAUUUGCCUCAAUCCGAGAUUAAAGUCGUCUACAUUGUCAGCUACUGGUCUACAGGAUUCAGACGACUGUGUAAUUCUAGAUGAAAAUGAAGUUAUACAGCCAGUAAAGAAUAGAAAAAGAUUGUUAUCUGGAAAUGUUGAUUUCAUAACUGAAAGGCUACUGCAAAAUGGUCAGCUACUAGUAUAUCAGACUAUAAAAAAGCAUUCACAGAAACAAAAUUUGUUUUCCUAUUCAUUAAACUAUAAAACUUGUGUUUUGUUGCAGUGGGCAGAUGAGAAGUUCCCGCUGUGUCCUGAUCAUGGAAAGCCAUGUACUAUACGCACUGUGUUGAAGAUAGGACCAAACAAUGGCAGGAAAUUCUUCGCUUGCAAAAUGCCAAAGAAUAAACAAUGCAAGUUUUUUGAGUGGGCAGAAGGUUAUGAUUAAAUAGUGACAGAUUUUAUGAUGGCAUAUGAUAAAUGUCUGCACACUGCAAAGUUUUUAAAUGAGCAGAUGGUUAUAAUUGAACAGUGUAAGUUUUGUAUUGAAGAAGCAAGUGAUUGCAACUUAACAGUGGUAACUUUUUGAGUGAGCAUAUUACUCUCACUUCUUUGAAGUGCUUGCAGCCUUUGCUUUUUACAGCAUAAACAAUAGCAUUGUACAUGAUAGAACUGUGUAUUUACAUUGGACUAGUCUUCCAUGUUGUACUUAUGAAAAUAUUUAGUUUUUGUAAGUUUUAGAUAAAUUCUUAUUGUAGAAUUUUGUUGUUUUCAUAUGUAUUAUAGAGGUAGACCCUCAAGUUUUCAGUGGUAGAAAUACAUUAAAUAAAGUCUAGAAAUUG